UAAUGCUCAUUUUGUCACUUUGCAAAUAUGGCGUAGGAUUGAACAAAAUGCAGUCGGAGACAAUUUGAUGUAGUUGUCAAUUCGGAAUUUUAUUGAAAAAGACAUGCACACAAAUUAAAAGACUUUGAAUCAAUUUUAGUGAAGGAACUGUUUUGAAAAGUGAAAUGUGAAUUUUACGCAAUGGCACAAGCUGCAAUUUACUGAAAAAGGUUAUUGGUUGUGUUACAUAUUGUAGCGUCCGAUUAUAUAAAUAGAGGAGAUAUACAAAAAUGGGUAAACAAAACAGCAAACUAAAACCCGAGGUAUUAGAAGAUCUGAAGCAAAACACUGAAUUCUCAGACGCCGAAAUUCAAGAAUGGUACAAAGGAUUUCUAAAAGAUUGUCCAAGUGGUCAUUUGUCUGUAGAAGAAUUUAAGAAAAUAUAUGGGAAUUUCUUCCCUUAUGGGGAUGCAAGUAAGUUUGCAGAACACGUGUUUCGAACUUUCGACGCGAACGGCGAUGGAACGAUAGACUUUCGGGAGUUCUUGUGUGCACUGAGUGUGACGUCACGUGGAAAACUCGAGCAGAAACUGAAAUGGGCCUUCUCCAUGUACGAUCUCGAUGGAAACGGCUACAUUUCGCGGCAGGAGAUGCUAGAAAUCGUUACUGCUAUUUACAAAAUGGUUGGAUCCGUCAUGAAAAUGCCGGAGGACGAGUCGACGCCCGAAAAGAGGACCGACAAAAUAUUCCGGCAGAUGGACAGAAACAAAGACGGGAAACUUUCCCUCGAGGAAUUCAUAGAGGGCGCCAAGAGCGACCCCUCCAUCGUGCGGCUGCUGCAGUGCGACCCGCAGUCACAGUGAUACCUUAAAUAUUAAUAUAACCGAGGCGUUGACACCCAUUGGUCUAUCCACACAGUAUCUUAUAUAAUCCUAUUGUAAUAUAAUAAUAUCACCCUUAUUACCAUGCUUGUAAGAGCUAGUGCGCGAAGUAAAGCGUUUAUACACGUGAUGUGUCUAUUCGAGUAGUCCUGUUGUUUGGCUGUGAUGCUGACAUCAAUGUAACCAUUCUGACCAGAGUAACCCACUAUCGUCCCGCUACUGGGCACGAAUCUUCUCGAAACAAUAUAUCUAUUAUCACCACGCUUUGGUGUAAGGAUUUAAGUUUUCACGUCAAAAAUCAAUUAUUAUUUUUUAUUAAUGAAUUGUUGAUAAAUACGAGUAUAUGCCUUAUCGUUUCAUUCACAAACAUCUAUUACAUUGUAAUUGGACACAUUAUCCCCAAAGAAGCACUUAUCUACUUACUAUUGUGCUCAAUUGUUUCACAUAUUGUGUCACAAUCCCACUGUCGUGCUAUUAAAAAGCGUAGUGAGUUUUUGGUCUUUAUAAUAUAUAUCUACUGUUACUAAUUAGUAAACACUAACUUUACUACUAAAUUUACAAUAUAAAAAUUGCGUCAGAUGAACAAAAUAAAUAUAUCUGUUAGUUUCAAUAUAAAAUUGAUAGUUUAUUAAUGAAUCUUUAAUUAAUUCGGUAAGAGUAUUAAUCUCUAAUUUGGGACGUCGUGCGUCUAAUAUUGAAGACUGUAAAUUAGUUCUGAUUAUGAUUAAGUCCAAUUUGUAAUUUAAAAAGUACAAAUUAUAAUUUCUGAUAUUCAAACUGAAAUGUCAAAAUAUAUCGAAACUUCUUUUAUAAUAUUAUAUUAUAAUUACGAUAAUUUUUAAAUAAUUUCUCUUCAGUUAUAGUAUAUUAGGUACAGUGAAUGAUUGCUAAUUGGAGUUCUCAAAUAGAGCGCACUAUUGUAAAACUGACAAAGUACAUAUAACUUGUAAAUGUUAUUCAAACCAAAUAUGGUUCUAUAAUUAUAUAACAAGUGGCUCUGUAAUGUUAAAAGUUGACCAGAACAAAGUAGAGGUGAUGCAUAUAAAUCUGAACACUCAAACACAGUAGGUUUCAAAGAAACAACUCGGAACUGUUCCGUCGAAACCGUAACAACACUUUUAGUUUCACAAUCGGUUGCAUCGACCUAACUAAACACAGAACAUGCUCUUCUCGUAUCUAGCAUAUGGACUUACGCUAUGUUAGAAAGAGAUAGCAGCUAUUCUCUGCUUGUUUUCUUACAGAAAACAUGCUCUUUUCAUAUGUAGCAUACGGAGUUAACCUAUGUCAGGAGAUAGUGGCUAUUCUCUGCUUGUUAUCUUACAGGAAGUAUUUAUUCUCUUCACGUAUCUAGCAUAUGGAAUUAACCUAUGUUAGAAAGAGAUAGCAUCUGUUCUCUGCUCUAGAACAGUCGUUGAUGUUGAAACAGUGUUUCGAUAUAACACUUUGAUAUAACAACAUUCGAUGUUACUUUGGGACAGGCCAGUGGAACUGUUUUUAUAUUUGAACACGAACGGAUGCAACAGAUUUCGUAAUUUAUCCUGUUUCAGACCACCUCUGGAACAAAGUAUUUCUGAAAAUGUUUAAUACUUUGUUUUUGAUUAUUCCCAUGUUUAUAAAAAUAAAAAAAAAUACAGCGAUAUAAAAAAAAUUAACAAAAUUUAGUUAGCAUUUAAAUUUAAAUUCUUAUUUAGAGAUAAUUACUCUAGAGUACAUAAAAUUUUACAAAAUUUUAUGUACUCUAUACAUAUGUACUCAUACUCUACAUACAGACAGAAAGAAGAUAGAUAUGUUACUUAUCUAAAAUAUAAAAUCGCACUUUACGGAGCCACAUUUUAAAUGAUUAUUCAGAAAUAUUUGAAAUCAUGUGUCAGUUUUCGUGAUGCGCCCUCUAGCGGGAAUUAUGGUGCAACAAGCCAAAUAUCAGGAUUACGUGUGACUAUAACGUGUGUAUAGUAUGUUACAGUUUUCCCCGUGUUUUAUAUAGUUAAGCUAAAAUAAUUUUUGUCCUCAUAAUGAUUUGUGACACAGUCUCCGCCCACAGUUGUUACAUUUUAUCCACUAAAAGUUUGCGUGUAUUUUAAAAUUAGCAGCGUUGUACCUGCACACACUUCGGUUUUAAUAAUUCACGUAUUAUUAAUAAUUUAUAAUUGAAAUAAAUCUAUGAAUUUAAUGGUGGAUGUAAUAUGAUGUUUUUGGAAUCGUUCGUUCUUAAUAUUAUAGAUCUUAUUUCAUGACAUCUCAAUGCGUGCAUUGAUGUUACAUUUUAAAUUAUAUCUGUGUCUUUCUUGAUAUCGUCGGCGCAGGUGGAGAUAUAGCUAAUCGCGAUUUACAAUUUUUUUUUUUUAGUUGGUUUAACUACAACGUAACUUUAUUGUCGACGUUUUUAUAAAUAUUGACAGUAAAUAGUAAAUUGUGAUUAAGUGAAAUUCAAUUAUACAAUUCUUCACUUACACCGACAAUAUACCUAAUGUUAAUUAUCAUAGAUAGCCUUAUCUGAUUGUAAAGCUAACGCAGUAGUUAUUACGCCCUCAUCCCAUCGAUUGGAUUAUACCUUCUCUUUGAUUUUGAAGGGAAAAUAUGUGCAGUGCCAUGUUACAUACAUAUUAUUUAUGUUUAUAAUUCGGUGUGUGUCUCCACGUUAUAAGAUGUAUUGCGGUAAAUUUGUACGGUACCAACCGUGUUGUCAAAAGUUUUGUUUAGUUUACGACAAUGUCGUUACGAUAAAAUAUAAGUCACUUAUUUACUAUUGUAAUAGUAGUCGAGGACUUUAAAAUCAAAUGGAUGUUGAAUCGUGAAUACAAAAUUAAUGCUAAUAGAUUGAAAGACAUCUCAUUUCUCAAUCCCGCGUCACUGCUGUCUGCAGGUGAAGUGUAGAACAUUUGAAAAGUUUGUAAACGAAACAUCACUUGAAUUGUUUUCGUCACAAUUGUGAAUAUUGUUAACAGUAUGAUGGUAGUGUCAUCUUAACAAUUCACAUUUUAUAUUAUACAUGGAAUAUUUUUUGUCAGAUAUUUUUUUUUUAUAUAAACAUUUCCACUUGUUAAUUGCGGUGACCGGUGGGCACUUCCUUCAUUUGCUUGAAUAUGGUAUUCACGGUGCAAUUUUCAUUUGAUUAGCGAUAUCUGAAUUUUAAAUUUCUUGGUAUUCAGGUGAAGACAUAAGGUGAUCUAACCAAAACGUGCAGUUGACUACAUUUAAAAUUUCCCGCAGUAUAGUCUAUUUUGACAUAGAUGUCGCUAUUGGCGGCCGAGGAUACCGCUCGCUGCCAGAUGGCGGUAAUAAUUUUCAAUCUCCGGCACUGCGCGUACGUUUCAUAACAGAUGGCAGUAACAUACGAGAUUGUACCGCUUUCUUUUCACUGCUAGCUUCAAUAGUAGUAUAUUAUAACGUACGAAUAGAUAAUUAGAUUAUUUUAUAUGUUUAUUCGUAUAUAUUAAUGCCUUAUUCAUAUACCUAGUACAUUAAUAUAUGGUAUUCCAUUGAACGAUGCUAGCAUUGAAAAGACAGCAAUUCAUUGCACAAGAUGAAGACAAUUGCGCAACAAACGACACAGACGAAUAUAAUGUUAAUGUACAAUUAAUAUUAAUUUACAAUUAUCUAUAAAAAUAUUUAUGCUGAUCUAUUUGCGUAGCUGAUAUUAUUAAGGUUUAGUUUUUAAUAAAGGGGAAAAAGAAUAAAAACAUAAUUAUAGAGUCCUGAAGUCAGCCUAAGUAUUAUUAUUCAAUUAUUAUGUUACGGUAUUUGAAUUGUAAGGUUUUUUUUUUAUAUGGUUAGUGUAAUGUGACAUUUAAAAGUAGACAGAGGAUGAUAAUCUAGAAUUUCGCGGUUGUACACAGUUUGUGUAAAAGCAACCCAUGACUUAGGGUAGCAGCAGACGGGCCCACUGGCCGAGACAGUAUCUGUAUUGUUUGACCCAAUCGAAUUAAAAUAAAACCAAGUGCUUUUUAAAAUUUAACUGUUUUAUAUAUCAUUAAAUUACUUUGAAGACAGUGUAGAUAGACUAGAUUUUUUUUACGUUAAGCUCACGUUAAAUUCAUAUUUUGUCGCGUUGGUUAAAAUCAAUAUCUUAUUACACGGUGGCCGUUUUGCCUAGGCCACUCGCUUAGUUGCGCUUGGACUGACCUAAGUUCUUAGUUUUUUUUUUAUAUCUAAUUCUACCCUGGUGGAAACAUUGGUGCUGAUCCCGGUGAUACUAACUUAUUAUUUUGUUUCUGUAGCAAUCCUCUAAUGAUCGAUGAAGACUUAUGGAAACCAAUCAUUAUCCUGCACUGUUGCCUGUAUACAAAAGCUAUAAAUUACUCAGCGAGCUAUGGAGAGAGCUAUGCUCGGAGUUUCAUUGCGUAACAGAAUCCGUAUCGAGGACAUCCGCAAAAGAACCAAAGUAACAUAGCUCGAAGGAUAAGCAAGCUGAAGUGGCAAUCGGCUGGUCACAUAGCUCAAAGAAGUAAUAACUGAUGAGAAAUAAAGGUUCUCGAGUUGCGACUCCGUAUGGGUAAACGCAGUGUAGGACUACCCCUUUACUAAUGAUGAUGAUAUAGAAAAUAGUAAAAAAAUAUUCAUAGAACAUAUAAAAAAUACAAGUGAGAAAGAAAUAUCAUUAGUCCAGUCGACUAUUCUAGAGGAAUCAAAGAUGUUAUGACUAAAAUUUGAAUUUUAUUUUACAUAUUUGAUAAAGCACUUUUUACCUUUUUUUUAGACAAACACCUAUGUGAUUACUUCACGGUACUCUAUCACCUAGUAGUCACUCUGUAUCCCUCAGAUAAGAUAGCUUCAGAAACAAAUAAAGAACGAGAUAGCACUAAACGUUCCUACCGUCCCUCUUUGUUCUUCGGAAGACACGAUAACUAAAUUAUUACAAUUAACUUUUAAUUUAGUUUUAGUUCACCGGAAUCGGCACUAUUAUUGACGUUUAUUUUAAUUAGUAGUUAUCGUUUCUAAGUUAUAAUAAGGUACAUAUUUAAACGUUUUAAUAUUUAUUUAAUUUCAUUAUCAUUCAUAAUUGACGAGUCUCGCACAUUUACAUAGAUUAUAAAUUAUAGCUCUAUAAUUUCACCGCUGCUGCUUGCGGUUUUUAUAUUGCAGCGUUUUUUUUUUUUUUAUAUAAUAUUAUUUCAUUUAACGUAAUUACAUUUAGACCUAUAUGGAAGGUUAUUAUGAAAUUAUAUGAUAUAAUACCAAUGUAGUGCACAGGAUUAUUUUAAUCCUUUACGUUUUUAGUAACUGCGAUUUAAAAACAAAAAAUAGGGAUAUGUUUUUUUUUUAUUUUACUGUAGUAUUUUAUUUCAUUAGAUCCUUCUCAUUUGUUUGCCUUGUAUUUUGCAUACAUAAUACCUCUUUAGCUUUAUAUUUUUUCAUUUUUUCCAAAUAAUACAUUUGCUGUAACAAUGGUUUUAUUAAGCUUUUUAUUCAUUGAAAUAUGUUAGCACGCUUUAUUUAAACAUGUUUCUCAGUAAUCAUUUAUUUGUUAUACAUAUAUAUAUAUAUAUAUAUAUAUAUAUAU